UUUGCGUUUUUUUACCUUUCAAAUGUUGAAUAGUCAAUUUCUUGAUUACUGUAUGGACUAACUUGGGUAAUUCAUUCUACCUUUCGGGUGUUACUAAAAUUGACUAAAUUGCUUGGAGAUAUGGCGUUCUUUAUGUUGGACCGCACCGCCAAACGUAAAAUGGCACGCCUAAUUGCGUUGCUACUCCUCACGACCUGCGUUGUUUUUGGAGUGCUUUCCACCCGAGAUGCAAAAGUUUACGUCGUGCAGAAGAACACGCAGCAUGUUGUCUAUGACGACAACCAGAAAGAAUACACCUACGACAGAAGCUCCCCGUUGAUAUUCGUCGGUGGAUUUCCUCGCAGCGGCACGACGCUGAUGAGAGCGUUAUUGGACGCGCAUCCCGAUGUAAGAUGCGGGGAGGAAACACGCCUCAUCCCAAACUUGCUUCAAAGUCGCUCCAAGUGGGUGGGAAAUCGUGUUGAGAAAGAACGACUCCGAGAAGCUGGCAUCGAUGAUGAAGUCAUCAAGAACGCGGUCGCGGCUUUCGUGUUAGAGAUCAUGGCUAGACACGGCGAGCCAGCCAAGAGGUUAUGCAAUAAAGACCCAUUUGUUCUGUCCUCGUUAUCCUACAUGCAUGGUGUCUUCCCAAAAGGAAAGUAUAUAUUGAUGAUUCGAGACGGCCGCGCCAGUGUUCACUCCAUGAUCACGCGACACGUGACAAUCACUGGCUACAACAUGACCAGCUAUCGUGAAUGUCUUACCAAAUGGAGCCGUACCAUAGAGGGGAUGUACAACCAGUGUUUGCAAGAAGGCCCUGAAGUCUGCUUGCCCGUGUACUACGAGCAACUUGUGCUUCAUUCGGAGGAUUGGAUGAGGAAGAUCUUGGAGUUCUUAGAUCUUCCUUGGGAUGAUGUGGUCCUACAUCAUGAAAGCGCUGUGGGAAAACCUGGAGGAAUAUCACUCUCCAAAACGGAGAAAUCAACAGACCAGGUGAUUAAGCCCAUCAACAAAGGAGCGCUAACAAAAUGGGUUGGACACAUUCCACCAGAUGUCAUGGCCGACAUCAACACCAUAGCACCGAUGCUGACACGUCUAGGGUACGACACGCACGCGAUCUACCCAAACUACGACAAAAGGAACCGAGACAUGAAUCUGUGGGAUAGAGGACGGGUCGAGAUGCAGAAGCAACACAAGAUCAAUAUACAGGAUCUUCAGAGGGGUAAAGGUUUUAUUCCAAAGAAAGUGGGUCAAGAAAUGGCCCAGUUCAGGUAUAAAUAGUCGUCUUUAAUGCACAAUAAAUAAGGCAGUGUCCGUAGUAACAUACUUGGCUGGCAAUAAUGCGGUUCAGCCCCCUCUGGGCCCAAUUUCAUGGCUCUGCUAACCACAGAAUUUCCGCGCUUACGAUCACCAUUCUGUGUAAGCAACAAGAUUUCUGUGCUAACCUACUAAGCACAGAAUCCCAGUAGGUAAUGGUUCCUUGCUAAUUAACCUGUGAAAUCUGCUAACUGUAAGCACACAAUUGUCUGCUACAGUAAGCGGGCAUUCUUCAUUGAUGGUAGGCAUGCAGAGCCUUGACAUUGGGGCCAAGUUUGAUUUUCAUUGUAAACUUCAACGUCUUUAAAAAGCUGUUUGAAAUUCCCCAAUAUAUCAGGAACAUUUUAAAAUGUAGAUUUUCAUUUUGUGUCUUCCCAAAAUUGUAAUUGGCCUGAAAUUUGUGGUCUUGAUGUACUUAACGUGACAAAGGAGCUCAGCUGUGUCUGUCUUUGUGAGUCUAGACUCCUGUUAUUUGUCAUUUUCCAAAUUUUCAGUCAAUUUUAGUUUCUUUGUUGCCUUAAUUUCUUCAUUCUUAUUGUUUGGUGGCAGAGCACAUUUUUACAUCAGGAUAAAGACACGUUUGUAACUUUUCCUUGUUUUGCUUUUAAAAUUAUUAUUUUAAGGUCAUCAGGCUUAGGACAUCAACUUGUAUGUAUUUAUUUGGUUCAUAAGCAAUUUCUGUUGUUCAAAAUGUUAAUUCGUGUUCGUUGAGAACACAUCCUACUUGUUUCAACUAUUGUCAGUUUUCAUUUUUCAUUUUUUUUUUUUAAAUGGUGAAAAUAUUCAAAUUGGCCUUUUUAAUUUCAAUAAACAAAGGGCAUUAUCCAAGGUGGCUUUGGGUUAUUUCAGGGUUAAGACUUGGUCCUGUUAAUUUGGAGUGAAUUUUCAAUUUUAAUUGUUGACUUUCCCAGAGAAUUGAUGUACAUUAGAUAUUUGAAGUACAACUUUUGAACUUUUGUGAAAUUAUUUAGUUUAUACCCUUAGAUUAUUUUUUUAAAAUUUCAAAUCAAGAUUAAUUAUUGAUUUAUUAUGAAAAUGAGAAAUAUAAGGUUAACACCCCAACACUUGUUAAUUUUGAGCAAAUAAAAAAACCCGUUUUUGUGUUGAAAACCUAUAAGUGGUAAACCUCGGAUUAUUUGAAAUUCCAUUUGACCAACCCAAAUAUGUCAAUGGUUAUUAUAGGUUUUCCCGGUCAAUUGUCCUAAAAUGUUCAUUCACUUCUGAGAAGCGGUCAUUC